CCGGGUUGGAGCUGAAGGAGGCUGUCGUGACGAGCCCAGUGGCGAUUGGCCGCCCGCCUGCCUGGCCCUGCCUUUAUAAUUUCCACACGAGUGCAUCUGGGCUCUUAGACAAACCAACAGCAGCUUCUUCUGACAUAUACACACGCACACUCACCCCGACGCACACUCAGCCCACUUUUCCUCCAUCUGAUUAACAGUCUUCCACACACAAUGAUUACUGGAAAGCGUAAAUAAAUACGGAAAGGGUGAUUAUUUUGACUACUGGAAGAGCGUUGCUGGGUCUCAGCGCAACUUUUGUUUUUAUUACUGAGAAGGUGAUCUCUCCAUGCAUUUGUCUCACACAAGGAUUCUUUAAAAGGCGAAGAGAGACCGAGAAAGGGGGGAGAACAAUCUUUCACUUUAAGUCCGGCUGGGCUCAAAGAUAAAAGCCAGGGGAAAGCGGCAGCAGCGGGGAAGUCACCGCUGCAGCACGUCGGAAAGACACUUUUGAUACGUUUCUGAGCGCUGCGGCCCAUUUCUCCACCGAAGUUGGCUCCAGCUCUAGCAGCCGCAUUGGAUCCCACAGCUUACUGCGAGACUCCGGUAUACAAUCCGGAUCUCUGCCCCAACAUGAUCGCGGCCCAGGCCAAGCUGGUCUACCAUCUGAAUAAGUAUUACAAUGAAAAAUGCCAAGCCAGGAAAGCUGCCAUUGCCAAAACUAUCCGGGAAGUCUGUAAAGUAGUUUCCGACGUACUGAAGGAAGUGGAAGUGCAGGAGCCCCGGUUCAUCAGCUCUCUCAACGAGAUGGACAAUCGCUACGAGGGCCUGGAGGUCAUCUCUCCUACUGAAUUUGAAGUGGUGCUUUAUCUUAACCAAAUGGGGGUGUUCAACUUCGUGGACGACGGCUCGCUGCCCGGCUGCGCGGUGCUGAAGUUGAGCGACGGGCGCAAGAGGAGCAUGUCCCUCUGGGUGGAAUUCAUUACCGCCUCCGGCUACCUCUCGGCGCGCAAAAUCCGAUCCAGGUUUCAGACGCUGGUGGCUCAGGCGGUAGACAAAUGUAGCUACAGGGAUGUGGUAAAGAUGGUGGCUGACACCAGCGAAGUGAAACUGAGAAUCCGAGAUAGGUACGUGGUGCAGAUUACCCCAGCUUUCAAAUGCACCGGGAUCUGGCCAAGGAGUGCUGCCCACUGGCCACUUCCCCACAUCCCCUGGCCAGGACCCAACCGGGUGGCAGAGGUCAAAGCGGAAGGGUUCAAUCUCUUGUCCAAGGAGUGCCACUCCCUGGCCGGCAAACAGAGCUCGGCAGAGAGCGACGCCUGGGUGCUGCAGUUCGCGGAAGCCGAGAACAGACUGCAGAUGGGGGGCUGCAGAAAGAAAUGCCUCUCCAUCCUUAAAACCUUGCGGGAUCGUCACCUUGAACUGCCGGGUCAGCCCCUGAACAAUUACCACAUGAAGACUUUGGUUUCCUAUGAGUGUGAAAAGCAUCCCCGGGAAUCUGACUGGGACGAGUCUUGCCUUGGUGAUCGGCUAAACGGGAUUUUGCUGCAACUCAUCUCCUGCCUGCAGUGCCGGCGGUGUCCCCACUACUUCCUACCGAACUUAGACCUGUUUCAAGGCAAACCUCACUCGGCUCUGGAAAACGCUGCCAAACAAACGUGGCGACUGGCAAGAGAGAUCCUGACCAACCCGAAAAGUUUGGAAAAACUUUAGAGGAUGAUCUAAUCAAGAGCCUAAGUGAUUACUCGUCUAAGUCCUAAUUAAAUGAAAACUUCCUGUUCAACUCCUAUCUAAUAUUCCAUUCGGCAGUGCAAACAGUCUCUUCCUUAAAAAGGAGUAAUACAAUGCUUAGGCAUCAUCUCACCCACCCCUCCAAGGGGAGAAAAAGAAGUAUGAGAAGUGGAGAAAAACCCAAACCCCAAGUAUUAUAAGACUUAUUUACAUAAGAUUUCAUAUCUCCCUUGAAAAGUACACAACACCACCCGGAAAACAGCCUGACUGUAAUGCAAGACCACUGCGAACACUCUGCCUAAAUAUCAAAGGAUUAUAGCAAUCCUGGUGAUUUAGGUGCAUCUGUCUGUGAGUAAACACGAUUUGGAUAUGCCAUCUGAAGGAAAGUGUAAUGUAUAUUUUGAUUUGUAACAAAUAUUGUGAUCUCACAUUGUCUUUGAAAGUGUGGAUGUUGGUGUUUUGUGAUUUGGUGAACAGAACUUAAAUUGCCAUUUUGGAUACUUCCAGACAUUUUCCACUAACAAAGAUACCAUUUAAAGGUAGAUUUCUUCCUGGUACUUUUAUCUGUCCUUGAAAGUGUCUGAACUUUAAAAGUUUACAUUUUGUUUCAAAUAUAUUGCUUGUUCUAUUUCUAACAUUCCAUAAGUAUACUUGAAAUGUUAUUUAAAUAUAUUCAAAGAAAUUUGAAUUCAGCUUAUAUAAUAACGCUUGAAUAUCUGAAUUAUAUAUUUGAAAAAUGCACUUGAAAUACACUGGAUAAUUUUGUGAUUUAGAUUUUAAUUUCUGUUGCUGGUUUUUAUUUAAUUAGAAGCUAAUAAAUGAAGUAAAACAGUUGUGUCUCACAAUAAGUUGUUCUUCUAUCAAAAGAUGUGAUGUUUCAUUUUGAACACUGACUGCACUUGAACAUUUAAACAUUUUGAGAAAUGUGCUAAUGAAAUCAUUAAAAAUAAAACUUAAGACAUUGGAGAAAGGCUCUUUUUGUAUAGCUACAGACAGUAACCAUCUCCUCUCAGUUUCUUACUUAUUUUUAUAAGACUAUUCUUUUCUGUAAUUGACACAAUUUAAAUCUAUAUCUGAAAGCUUGGUCUUCUAAUUAGUAUUUUCAUAGCAUUUUUUUGGUAGCAUAAGGAAAAUCUAUCAUGAUGACAGAGAAUACUGAGUUAAAAAUCAGACAAAUUCAGAGAAAAUGAACUUAAAGUCAUGAUAAAAAUUUUGAAAUUUGUAUAUGAAAAUCAAGUCAAUAAAAGAAAGGUCAUUUCUGAUCAAUAUGCUUUAUGCAAAUAAGAGUUCUAUUUGCAGAAUAAAUUGAUAAGAAAACCAAAAUUGUUUUCUACUUCUCAGGGAAAACGAAUGAUAAAACACAAAGACAAGCUUUUGAUUAUUUAAAAUCAAAUGCAUUCAAACUCAUUUUUUGAAAAGUCAAUGCUUCUGGAGUUAGAAGUGAAGGAAGUAUUUUAAGGUGUUUUAAUAGUCAACAAGUGCUAACAGGACUGGCCUUACGUUAGUUAAUUCAGGUGGUGGUAGCCUUUAGAACUUUAAUUGCAGCUUUUCAUAUACUGUUUUAUAAUACUUUAUUUCAAUAUUUUAGUUAAAUGUAAAUAAAGUUCUGAAACUA